UGUAGCAAGUUUAGAAACGGCGACAAUUUUAUGGUGGGGACAAUCUGUGAUAAUGUUGGAGGGUUCCUGAGAGAGUCAUCCACAAAGUAUCUGGUUCGAGUGAGACUUCUACCACGUAGUACAUUCGCUCAGCCCAUGUGCUCCAGGAGAGACAAAAACUCUACCAAGCGGUUGUAAAAUACUGAUGAAAAUAAUUCCCAUGAUUUCCACGUUCAACCCGGAUUCUAUGAAUGCUGUUAUUAUAGCAACUAUAGCCAAGUGCUGUUUGCUGUGCUUGGCCACACCCAUGAAGAUGAAUGGCUGGGUUUCGAGCACAAUCUACCUGUCCAUCGUCCUCUUACUGCUGUUAAAGGGGGCCUUUACCCGGAAGAGCCAAGAUCUCCAUUGUGGAGCAUGUAGGGCCCUGGUAGAUGAACUGGAGUGGGAAAUUUCUCAGGUAGACCCCAAGAAAACCAUCCAGAUGGGUUCCUUCCGCAUCAAUCCAGAUGGAAGCCAGUCAGUUGUAGAGGUGCCGUACGCCAGGUCUGAAGCUCACCUGACAGAAUUGUUGGAGCGCAUUUGUGAGAACAUGAAAGAGUAUGGAGAAAAGGUGGAUCCUUCCACUCACCGUAAAAGCUAUGUGCGGGUUAUCUCUCAUGAUGGCACUAAAAUGGACCUUUCUGAGACCCAGUUUGACGGGGAUGUGACAUCAAGCCUGAAAUUUGCGUGUGAGAGAAUAGCUGAAGAGUAUGAAGAUGAGCUCGUAGAGUUCUUCUCCCAUGAGGCAGAAAAUGUCAAGGACCGACUAUGCAGCAAACGCACAGAUUUGUGUGACCAUGCCUUGUAUCUUCCACAUGAUGAACUGUGACAUACGUAGGCUUGACUAGUCUGGUGGAAGCAUUGAGGUGAUUUGUCCUUUGUGAAACACCACCUUCCAGUUUCCAGCUGCUGUCCUUUUCAUCAUCUCUUCAUUUUGCAGAGAACAUUGAACAAUCUAUGAUUGUGCCUCUAGAAGGAAAUACAAAACUUCUAUAUAUAUUAGGUUUUUUUAAAAAAGAAAAGCAAAUGAAAGAAAAGUUGUUUCUAUCACUUAAUUAAAAAAUAUAUUAAUCA